AUAUCUAUACAAUUCUCUAUUUCUCUAUACAUCAAUUCUAACAUGGUAUCAGAGCAAGGUUAAGAAUCUCAUAAUUUCGUUUUACCGGCGGGCGGCAGCCUCGCCUUGACCGCCCGCCGGACCUGCAAAAAGACCCAGCGAUUAAGCUCUCUUACUUCCACAGAUUAAUUAUUGCAGUGCGCACACACUCGCUCACCACAAACGAAGAUGGACACGAAGUUCGCCGGAAAGUCCAUCGCCGCCGUACACUCCGGCCUCACCGACAUCGAUCAGAUGGCGGACAUAAAGAGAGAGAGAAAGGAGGGAGAGGGGCGAAUGGAGGAGGCAGUUGUGAAGGUGAACAUAAAGUUCGGCGAAGGAUCCAUACCUGUGUCCCUCUCUCUUGAUUCCAGCGUCAGAGAUCUCAAAUCUAUACUCCAACCCCUCACCAAUGUCCUCCCUCGCGGUCAGAAGCUCAUCUUCAAAGGUAAAGUUCUGCUGGAUGAACUCACUUUGAGGUCGUCCCAGGUCACCGAUGGGGCUAAGAUCAUGCUCAUGGCUUCCCAAGGUUUACACCAAGGGGAUGGUCCCAUUAGGAAGGAAGCACCGGCUUCAUCGAAUUUGAGGCGGAUGGCCGAUGCAAAUCGAGGCAAGGAGGGGAAAAGGGAUGAUGUUGCUGCUGUUGAAAAGAGCCAGUUUGAGCGUUGGAAAGCUACUGGGGUUAUAGCAUUGUCUGAAUGCAACUUGAGGGCUAUACCUGAUGAAGUAUGGACUUGUGGACCUUCUGCGAGGGUACUUGAUCUCAUUCCUCUCUUUAUGGAUACCCACCCAACACAAAACAAAAAAAAAACAACAACAAAGCCUGCCAUACACACACAGGUACAUGGGACAUCACCAUACACACGGACAGCACACAUUGAGACAUGCAUCCAAUGACUCUCUCUCUCUCACUUUUAACCCUCUCUUUCCUCUCUUUUUAUUUUAAUAUUCACAUCCACUACAUUUUAUCUUUCAAAUAAAGCAGCUGUCUGAUCCCACCGCCCAUCACAGACUUAUUUUAUCUUAUUUUAUUUUAUUUUAACCCCCUCAUCAUAUUUUAUCAUCAUCAUUUUUCCCAUCAUCAUAUUCUACCCCAUUCUUUUCUUUAUCACACCUAUCUUUAUCUCUUUUCUAUGCAACUCCCACCAGCGCAUAUGCUUUCUACAUUCAUAUAUUAUUAUUAUUAUUAUUCUUAUUAUA